AUGGCAGGGCCAUAUUUGUCACCCUUGCCGGGUGAUUUGCUGACGGAGUACAUGUUUGGGCGGCGAAGACAAAGACGCAAUAGAACGACGUUCACACCUCAACAGCUGAGCGAACUAGAAUCGUUGUUUCAGAAAACUCAUUACCCUGAUGUGUUUUUAAGAGAGGAGGUUGCAUUGAGGAUAAGUCUGUCGGAAGCGAGAGUGCAAGUAUGGUUCCAAAAUCGUAGAGCGAAGUGGCGAAAACAGGCACGACUGCAACUUCUUCAAGACGCGUGGAGAAUGCGUUGUCUGGGAUUAGGGACUCCACCUCUUGGAAUGCCUGGUCACGGUAAACCUCCUGACUCUUCACCAGAACGCACUGAUUCGCCAUCGAAUAAAUCACCCGAACCUCACCUAGAAAAUAACGGCGAGCUCAAGUCCCCUCGACCGGAAAUGUAUAAUGGCGGCAUGCAGGAACACCCACCGCAAAUGCCACCACACGAAAUGCCACCUAUGCCUUACCCAACCGAAGAUGGAAGGAUGAUGCAACAACCAUACUUUUCCCCCUUAAUGAUGCCUCCCAUAGACAGCACAGACAUUGUUCCAACAGACCUACGAGUCCCAACAAAGAACAAUUGCCAUUGUGUACCAGAAGAGCCACAAAACUUAGCAUAUCGCCCGAGAAGAGACAAAGAGAGUGACAGUGACAGCGACUCAGAAAUAGACCUUACGUCUCACUCCAAAGACGACGAUCUGAGAGAGUCAGAGAGACUAGCUAAUCGAAUAGCGACAAGUAUAUUUCGCAGUGACACCGUGCUUCACGAUUUAGUACCGAAUGACCUCAGUAUGGGAACAGCGAAAAAUAUACCUAAUGACCGUAAUAUGAGAAGUAACAUCAUGUGA